GAGAACAUGACGUAUUACCUACUUCCUAGUACAUAGUUGUCGAAUUUGAUAACAGAAACAAGUGUUAAAUUAAUAUGCUUAAUUGCAUUUAAGGCCAUGGCUACCUCUUUUGAUAACUGUGCUAUUUGUAAUUUGCGACAUGUUUCGAAGCUGUCUGUUGUUUGGUGCUCAGAUUGCGAUGAAGGACUAUGUCAAGACUGUUCAGAACAUCACAGCUUAUCUAAGUUAUCACGAAACCACAGCGUUGUUCCUAUUGCUGAGUAUAAAAAGUUGCCAUCUUUUCUGGUAAACAUAAAACUGCACUGCGAUGAGCACGAUGAGAAAUAUUCAUUGUUUUGCAAAGAGCAUAACGAAUGCGUUUGUAGAAAAUGUGCCAUUUCUGAAAAGCACCGGGAAUGUAAAGACAUGUUCCCCGUUGAAGAUGUGAUUCAGAAUUCCAAAACAUCUGUAGCUUUUACAGAAAUCGAGUCCUCGCUCGAAGAAAUGAAGAAGAAAAUCUCUCUUAUUUUAGAAGACAGACAAAAUAAUUUAUCUUCAUUAUCAGCUGCCAAAAGGAAAAUAGAAUCCGAGAUUUUGGCAAUUCGACAACAGAUAAAUAACCACCUUGACAAAAUACAAGGUCUUUUCAUGGUUGAAGUAAACUCAGCAGUGGAAAAUUCAACCCAAAAAAUUCAGAGUUUCCUUGCAUCUCUGAAGAAAGAUCAAAGAGAAAUUGACGAAUACAUUGAAGAUGUAGAAAACAUAAAGAAACAUGCAACCGAUCUGCAAACGUUUUUAGGAAUAACGGUAUUAAAAAACAAACUGAAUGAAACAGAAAACACAUUCAUAUCAUGGAGUAAAGGGAACAGUUUGGCUCACACCGCAGUAUCUUAUCAGUUAAACAACGUAUUACAAAAUAUCAAUGACGAAAUAAAUGCGUUUGGAAAAAUUGCCGUUUAUAUCCAAACAUGUGAACUUUUAUUACAAAGACGGAAAGAUGAUCAGGCUCAAUUAAUUAAAAGAAAUGUAGAACCUGAUUGUUCUAUUGAGCAUAUAACACUGACAUUAAAAACAAAAAUAAAUACAAAAGCAGCAAAUGUGUCCGGCUGCUGUAUUUUACCUUGUGGUAAAUAUGUCGUGUCAAACUAUGAUCCUUCGUAUUUGAUAUUGUUUUCAAUUGAUGGAGAAAUUGAAAACAAAAUUACUGACAUCAUGCCUAACAUUUAUGACGUUGAAUGUAUCAACAAUAACGUUGUUGCUGUAACAUCGUCAACUGUGAACAAUAUUAAAGUUGUCAAUUUAACAACAGGGAAAACCUUCAGAACUAUUCUAACAAGUUCUCCGUGUUGUGGAAUUACUUACUGUGAAGGUAACUUUAUAGUUUGUCCCGAAAAGGGACAGUUGCAGGAAAUCAGACUGGAGGAUAAUAAAACAACUGAUAUUGGCAGUGAUGUUGUGUCAUUGUAUAUCGCUGCAUUUGGCAAUACACUUUACUCUAGAAAGAGAUAUACGGAUACAAUCUUCUGUCAUAAUAGAAACGGUGACAUACUAUGGACAUUUUCAAAUAGCGCCGUUCUUAAAGGACCAAGAGGUAUUGCAGUAGAUGAAUAUGGAAAUGUGUUUGUUGCCGGGGUCGAUUCCAAAACAAUUACUGCAAUAGCAUCUGAUGGCUCAAAGCACAAAACACUCCUGUCACAGAAAGACUUGGUCGGUUCUCCAUGGUCUAUAUGCUACAACAGCAAAUUUAAACUUUUGCUUGUAGUAAACGAAAAAGAUGGCCAAGCAUAUUUGUACAUUGUUAACCACGCAUAAAAAAUAUUCUCAUCUGAUAUACUGUGUUUAAUCUAAAUAAAAAUAGUUUACAUGCAUAACUUGUUAUAGUUUACUCCUAUUAUGAUGAACACACCAACAUCAUUUAUCAUUGUUUAGUGUUAGAUGAUUAUGUCAUAUUUAUACUAUGAUAUGUUUUCAACCAUGUUCUAAAGUGAAAUUGCUGGUUCACACUUAUAUAUCUAUUGCCUAUGUAAUAUUUGUCCUCAAGUAAGACAAUUUACCGUACGAUUCAGAAGUACAGUGGUGUUGCACCCUUAAAAGGAUUUGAAAAGGUGUUUUUGCCAAAUUUUUGAUAUAUUCCGAAUGUAGAUGGUGCGUCCCUGAUUCAGGGUUAAAGGAAUUUCCGUUAAACCAUGAUCGCAAUUAUUAUUACAUUCUCUAAAAUAGUACACUUUAUAUUUGUAAACGUACUGGAGUGAUUCACCAAAAACUACAUGCAUUGAAUAAUUAACAUCACUAGUUUUAACAUUUUUAACUUAAGUGUUAUUACGCGAUCCAUUCG